AUGCCUUCCAGCACUCAGUCAACGCUCUCCUCCAUGCCAUCCACUCUUCCUUCCAUCAGCACUCAUCUUGCUCGUAAAGAGCGCGCUGCCACGCGUCUCUUGCCUGCUCAUACCUAUCAUCCCGCUCCUGCAGCACCUUCAAAUGCUAACUUGUCACUACCAGAACGAACAACACAGUCACUACAUUUCUCAACAUUGUCUUCCUUCCGCCCAUCUUCGACACGGAAAGAGUGCACCGCCACGCGUUCUCUCUGUGCUGAAGUCUCACCACUCCCUCUUCCAGCCCGCCCAACUGGCAGAUCUGUCCUCAGAUCUGCUAAACGAUCAUUACUAACAGACCCCACAGAUUCCUUGCCAGAAGGAACUACACAAUCGCUACAUUUGCCAUCAGAGCAAAGCACACAUUCUUUUUCUCGCUCGUCAUCGACACGUAGUUCGACACGUAGCGAACGCGUCACCGCCACGACACGCUCGCAACCUACUCAUGCGCCACGCCUAGGCGCCACAACUGUCUCUAAAUCCUACACCCGGCCACCACCAAAGGCCAAACAGUCAUUACCAUCUAAUACCACACAAUCGUUCAAGACAACUACGUCAACACUGUCACUACAGUCAAGAUCCCAAUAUACUACACAGUCGUUACAGGCAAUACAGGAGGAGCCUAGCUCUGUUUCACCCGUUGACUCUGUGAAGGCCGCCUGGAUAGAGAUGCGUGCCGAGCGAGCGGCCCGCCAAGCCGCUGUAGUCCCCAACACUCGUUUUGCAACUCGCAGAUAUAGUCCUGUAGUCCCUUCGCGUGAUACGACGACGGAGACUCGGCCUAGCGUAGUCUCCAAGUCAUCUGUAGCCCCCAACACUCGUUUAGCAACCAGCAGGAAUACUCCUGUAGUACAUUCACUUGAUACCACAACGGUCUCCAUUCACGCGGAGAGGGCCAAGAAGGGGGAGGAGCGUCAGGCGGCUGGCCCCGCGUUCAAGUCGACCAACGAGCGGGUUGCUGCCAGGUCUAUGGCAGUUGACUCUGCGACGAGGAAGGCUGAACGUAUCGAGCGUGAGGCACGCAUAGCCAAGCUUCGAGCUGAGCUAGUCGCCAGCCGUGAGGCCAGAACCGCCUCAACCAAGGAUUCAUCACGGUGGACACGCUCGUCCCGUGAUCAGACAGUUUCUGCACGAUCCCAAAGGACUCCUCCUAAGGUCCAGAAGGAAGAGACACGACCCGCAGCUCCGGCAGCGAGACGUGCACCUCAACCGACCAGCCUGAAGGAGGAAGAAUCGACGGAUCCGUUUGUCGACCGUACCAAUUCGACUCGCCCAGGCAAGAAGAUUGGCGGAUAUCACACGGCGAACCUAGAGUUCAAGGAGCGGCUUCGGGCUAUUGCCUCAAGGCCAUUACCUGCACCAAGGGCCACGUAUAUCCUAUCGGAUCGAUCAACGGAGAGGAGCGGUACUUUCUCGUCGAGCCGACGUCCCAGCGAGACAAGGACAUCUGGGCGUCCUACGACAGACACCUCCUCUCGUGCACCGGCUAUGCCACAGGCCAUGUCACAGGCCAUCCGACUCCCAUCGAUUCUGAAGCCGAGUUACUCGGUACGAUUCGAGACGGGAUUGAAGGAUAGGGCAAAUCUCUUCGACGCUGAAAAGCGACAAGGGAUGUACAAGGAUCUGAUGGCCGGCUGUCUGAAGAUCACCAAGAAUGCCGGAAAGCCUACGGCAAAAACGACGUACGUCAACCUCGCCCGGGGUUCAGCUACGUUCCCUCCAACCCGGGUACCGCAUGGCUAUGUCUGUCCGAAGAUACAGCCACGUAAGACGGUACGAUUUGCGGAGUCCUUGGAAUCGGUACAGGAAUCCGAGCGCGAUCGCUCCAACGACAACCUCCUAUACUACCCGUAUGAGGAGGCUGGAGACAAACGACCAGUGUCUUGGAUGACUGGAACGAUGAACGCUCCAGAGCUACAAAGGCCACCACGUCUGACGAUGUGGAAGAGCUUCACUCUGGACGACAAGGAUGAUACCGUCAUCACCAAGUUCCGCAGUGGACCCCAGCGACAACGGGUAUGCCAAGUACGAGGCUUCUACGCGAGACAAAAGGAAGAAAUUGCAGAAGGUGGCACCAACUCAGCCUUGGUCACCGUCAAGCAACUCAUCGAGGCCUUUUAUGGGCUGAAGAUGACCAUGCGCGGCUCCACGGUCUGGAGCGGUGUUGUCAUGGACGAGAACGAUCCCAUCGAAUGUGCAUUACCACCACAUUCCUUUGGUACCAUGACCGACCGCGACUACCCUGGGGUAUGGAAGUUUUACAGCGAAGCAUACCGCGUCGACAACGAUAGGCCCGGCUACGCGAGGCAUCAAUGUUGGCUGGGAGGAAACUGCGUGAAGUUUUCGUUCGGACGCAAGUGUGUGUGCUCAGGGGCUUGGGUUCGAAAAGUAGGAUUUCUGGGGGAUCUCAAGGUGGUGAAGGGUCCCCGACCAAAGUUUGCCAGUGGCAGCGAAGUUAUGGUGACCGAGUCACUACCGCCAGCUUACGGAGGAAACGGAAUGACCGUUGCUUCGAACGCGAGUUCGGACGACGAUUCGUUCAUCACAGAGGCCCCGGGAAUCACUUCUCCCCAUCCCCGGCCAUACGUCACUGCGAGAGGCCCACCCGAAAAUACUGGCGAGGACGACGACAGGUCUAUGUCAUCGGCCAAGCCAUAUUUGAGAGGAAGGCGUAUCGACACACCAGUUGGAGAGCCGCGGUCACCCAUCCGAACUCCCUCACCCGUGGGCAUCAUGUCUGCGGCUGAAAGCGAGUGGUAUAGGGCGAUCGUCGCCAGGACUAUGGCCCGUGCUCGUGGUGAAUUGUGA